AUGGCCGCAGCCCCGUCGUCUACAAUCGAUUCGGAAAGGAGACAGUCUCUAUCGAGCGCCAGUAUACGAGGAAACCUUCGUCAGGCUCGCGGCUCCAUUGUCUCUAUCCCUGGGUCUCCCCAUACGCCACAGCAACAGCGCCCAAUACUAUCUCCGUAUACAGGGACUUCCUCCCCCGGCUCCUCGUUUCGUCAGGAGGAAGAUGCAGUGAUACUAGAAAUUGGGUCAAGAUGGCUUCGUGCGGGGUUUGAAGGGAACAGUAUGCCUACCUGCGUAACUGGGUUCGGAACUGAAGAAGGGAGAAGGGUUGGUGAUUAUCGAGGCUGGAUUAGGAACAACAGCAGCACUGUGAGAAAACGACUUACCUAUGACGUUGGAACAUGGUCGAAGAAUUAUGAGCUUUGGACCUCAGAUCUUCGGGGGUUUGAUAUCCAACUCUUUGAGGAUAGGAUCGAGCGUGCUAUUCGAGAGGUCUAUAACAAAUACUUACUCACCGAUGCUGGUUCCUCAAGACUAGUGCUUGUUAUACCCUCUAUUGUCCCUCACCCACUGCUGGCAUCGCUUCUCUCAACUAUAUUCCACCGCUGGAAGUACCCCAGUAUCACUUUAUUGCCAACUGCGGCGAUGGCGACUGUAUCCGCCGGUUUACGAUCGUCUCUUGUUGUAGAUAUUGGAUGGGAGGAAACUGUUGUCACUGCCGUUUACGAAUAUCGAGAAAUCCGGUCAAAACGAAGCACCCGCGCCAUGAAGAUGAUGAUGCAUGAAAUGGGGAAGAUGCUUAGCAGCGUUAUCUAUGAGAUAGAAGGAUCUAGCCUUGGUGGGAAGGAAAGCUCAAUAUGCAUUCCAUUUGAACUUUGUGAGGAAAUUUUGGUGCGCAUGGCCUGGUGCGAAAAGAGCUCUCAGAAUUCUGAAGAUUCGGAAUUUAUGAGUGCGCACUCCGCUCCCUCGACAGUUUCAGAAGGCGGUAAUAGAGACACCUACUCUCGCUCGUUGGAUUCGAAAGUUUCAGUCCCCUUACCGAUUGGAUCGGACUCAAAAUAUACAGAAGUACCCUUUUCGCGGUUUUCACAACCCACUGAAUCUACUUUAUUCGGUGGGUCAUAUGAAAACCGAGACUGGGAUGACGAAGACAUGCCCUUGGAUAUUCUGAUAUAUUAUUUCCUCCUCUCGCUACCACCUGACCUUCGAGGGACCUGUAUGUCACGGAUAGUAUUUACAGGUGGCGGCGCGAACAUUCCAGGGGUACGACAACGCAUAUUAGAUGAUGUCAGUGCCCUGGUUGAAAAGAACCAAUGGUCUGUAUCUAGGGGGAAAUCUAUAAACAAGAGGAAGAGCCGUUUAUAUGAACAGAGCGGUAAUGGGAAUUCCACGCCAUCAAAUACGGACGAGUCGAACUCUGCCUUCCGGGAGCCACCCGAGCUAGAAUCAAAUUUUAUCGAUGAGAAAAUGGAUUUAAAGCGAAAGGACGGUAGAUAUGUUCACGGAGUGCUUCGCCAGGUCGAAUCGAUGGGUCCAUGGGCCGGGGCUAGCCUACUUGCCAGCCUCAAAAUCAGGGGUAUGGUGGAAAUUGAACGUGAGAAAUAUCUCCAGCAUGGUCUGGCAGGUGCUAGCCGUGAUUAUGAACUGAACCCCCCUGAUCGGAGAUCUGGCCAUGGACAAGGAGCUGUUCGAGCAGGCGGAGACAGAUCCAGUUGGACUCUCGGUGAAUGGAGAUGA